UGUGAACUUUAUAACAAUAAGAUUUUACAAAAAGAUGGCGGCUUUAAUGUUUACAUCCACCCCUAGUAUAAAGAAAGCCGUUGCAUUGAUAAACAAGCUGGAUGAUGGAAAAUUUCGAUUGGUGCUUUCAAGAAUUAUGCAAAGACUGCAUCUCAAGGAUGAGCGCACAUUUUCUGAAGAAGAGGAAGAAAAGCUUCAACAAACUUUAGGUAUUGAUGGUCCAGAAUUGGAAUUGGUGUUACAGACUCUUGAGUUCUUGUUACAGCAGGCCGCAUACCAUGCUGCUAAGCCUGCUGUUCUGUCUCAACAGCUUACUCAGCUGGAGUUGGAGCAGGCAAAGGUGGAGGCUAUUGUUUCUGUAUGGACGACAAAUGGCCGAGAUGUCCUUCAAAAGCUCAGACAACAGACCUUGCACCCUAGUCAGCUGGAAGAUAUCAACUGGAGGCUCAACCUGCAGAUUGCCCAGUCCAGCGUGAGCAAACAGAAGCUCCCCAAUGCCAUGUUUGAACUUGGUGUGAGGGACAGUGAGGAGGGGGUGGGGAAGAAGAAGAUACGCGUGGAGUUCACUCACAGUGAGCUCUACCAGUUCUAUAAUCAGUUAGAGAUGAUACAAAAGCAGUUGGAUGGUCUAAGCUGAUGAAAGCACUAGGACAUCUUUGAUCAAGGACCGGGUGCUUCAUGGACCAUAAUCAGGGACAAAUAGACUGCUGCCAGUCAUUACUGUAUAAUGUUAUUAAAUGGUGUUAAAUGGAUGUAGGAUUCUGAUAUGGUAGCAUCAUAAUUGUUGCUUUCUUGAAAAAGUUAAAUUAUUGAAAAAUACAGUAUUACAUGGCAUUGUUCUGUUUUAAAAUUCGAAGGGGUGUAAAUGAAAAGAUUUUAAAUCAGGAAAAUUUAUGGACUCUUUACUGAUGUUUCAUGACUUGAUUCAAAUGUUUUAUUUUUAAUGUAGAAUUUUCUAAAUGAUAAUAUUGUAAUAUUAUAAUUUUUGCAUGCAAUUCUAUUAUUUGACAGUGUUCUAUUAAUGUCUGAAUUUGAUGAAUAAUUCUGUUUAAUUAACAUGUAAGUAAGUUAAUUACCACUUGACACAUUUCUCGGAAAUUAACCAUUUCUAGGAUGUUUUGAUGGUCUGUUAUCAAUAACAACACUUGAAACAAUUCACUACUAGGUAAUACUAGACCGUGUAGUUCAAAGAAAAACUUUUGUUAUCUGACCCAGAUCAUAAGUUUAUUAAAUUUUAUACUUAAACUGGUUCACUUGCAAUAUUAUUUCCCUUUUAAUAUAGAUAUCAUAUUGUGAAUGGUCAGUUCAUCAUUAGAUUUUUUACACAAAUUUAUGUGACCAAGUGUUACGCUAUCUUUAACUUUUCUUACAAAAAUUUAAAGUUUGAUUUCUCAGAGUUUAUAUAUGCUGUUUAUAUUUUAUUUCCCAUUGUUUUUAUGCCCCCAAAGAUGGGGAAAUAGUGAUCGGACCGUCCGUCUGUCUGUCCGUCAUUCUGUCACACUUUACAUUUAGGUUUCGAAAAAUGCUCAUAACUUCUAUGUCGCUUCAGAUGUCACCUUCAAAGUUGGUAUGCAUGUUUAUAUUGACAAGCAUUUCCCUACACACACAAAUUUUGAAACCUUUCACCUUGACCUUUAAGUUAUGGUCCGCGUUUAGGUUUCAAAAUCUGCGUUUAGGUUUCAAAAAAUGCUCAUACAUGUAACUUCUAUGUCGCUUCAGAUGUAACCUUCAUAUUUGAUAUGCAUGUGUAUAUGGACAAGGCCUUUCCAUACGCACAUACUUUUGCCCCCUUUGACCUUGAUCUUAAAGUUAGGGUCCGCGUUUAGGUUUCGAAAUCUGCGUUUAGGUUUCAAAAAUUCUCAUAACUUCUAUGUCGCUUCAGAUGUAACCUCCAUAUUUGGUUUACAUGUGUAUAUGGACAUGGCCUUUCCAUACGCACAGAAAUAAUUACCCCUUUGACCAUGGCCUUGAACUUAGGGUCCGUGUUAAGGUUUCGAAAUCUGCGUUUAUGUUUCAAAAAAUGCUCAUAACUUCUAUGUUGCUUCAGAUGUAACCUUCAUAUUUGGUAUGCAUGUGUAAAUGGACAAGGCCUUUCCAUACGCACAGGCAUUUUGACCCCUUUCACUUUGACCUUGAACUUAGGGUCCGCGUUUAGGUUUGGAAAUCUGCAUUAAGGUUUCGAAAAAUGCUCAUAACUUCUAUCAAAGCGUUUUUUUGGGGGAUAUGUCAUCUUAUGGAGACAGCUCUUGUUUUUAUUUGAUAUUUGGUAUCACUUAAUUUAGCUGAACAAGUGUGCAUAUGCUUACAGUGCAAUAAUUUCCUAAAUUUGAUUUUGUAUUGUUUUUAUCACAAAUAAAAGUACAUUGUGUU